CAUGAACAAAAACAACCAUCGCACCUCGACUAGACUCGAGCUUCAAUUAAGCAAGUACCUUACUGGAUGGAAGCACUUGUCGACUCGGAAGGGCACACAAAGUUUAGGUAUCGAGUGCCUGAUCGUGUAUGCAAAGGCUCCGACCAAAUAUUGGAUCAAACCAGUGCUAUAAACGUAAGUACUUGGAUGAUCUGAAGCGGAGCUUGCUAACGAUUUGAUACGUUCUGUCAGACCUGAGAGAGUUGCCAAGGGACCUUGUUUAGGGCACUACUUACUUUUGUUCCUGCAAGAUCUGAGAAACGUCUACCAAAUAUAAGUUUCAACGUUCAGCUUGGAGAAUCUCGCUUUACGUCCCUCUGUCCCUACCUCCCUUUGAACGAGACCUUGUUCAAUAUGGGAUUGUUCUCCGUGGCUCGUAUCACUCUUUUCUCACUCGCCAUCGCUUUCUCCCUCAUUGGAUUAGGCCUCAAUGCCUAUUUUCUCUCGUUGACUGUGCCAGAUAAUUUCUAUUUCAUUUUCAGUGCUUUGGGCGUUGCGACCGCUAUGUUGACAAUUGUUACCAUUCCAAUCAUGUUGAUCAUUGAUUUUACACGACGUGGAGCGUUCACUUCUAUGAUUGUCUUCGAACUCUCGUGGCUCUUCAUUCUUGCGAUUCUGUGGGUUGCCACUGCCGGCGAAGCUAUCACCACCUUUAACUAUUACUACCCUCGAGGUUGUGUUGAUACUACGGAUCCCACCUACAACGCGUAUUGCAUGGAGCUGCAGGCAGUAGAGGCUUUCGCAUUCCUAAACUUCUUCAUAUUCUUGGGUUACACUUGCGUACUGCUAGUGUUUUCCAUCAUUGGAUCCAGUCGCGGCAAUAAUGUCUGGACGCGUUCUGUCAAAGAGGCCACGUUCUUUGCGCAGAAAUCGUGGCCCGCACAACAGCAGGUUCCUCUGAGUCAGUACUCGGGCGCUCCUCCUACAGGGUACACUCCUGUUUCGCAGCCUCAGCAGCUAGGCACCUAUAGUACUCACAGUGGCACGCCUGUCCAUAUGCAACCCCAGCAAUUCCAGCCAGCGUAUUCUGGCCAGCCACAGGGAAUUCCUGUUUAACAUGCAACAUGAUUGUUGCAGGUAAUCUGCUCUGAUUUACGUUUCUCGUCUCUAUCUAUUGACAUAGUUGGUGAAGGAUAUCUUUUUACGGGUCUAUGUUCUGAAAGUCUGAGACCAUAUAUACUAGUGCUACAUGAUGCAGUAUAUUAUAACAUCCAAUAACAUUUUGUGUUCCUCCCAUAUGGUUAGGCCUUGCAAUCGGGUUUCUUGCAAUUGCUCUGUUGUCGUGCGUGAAUCGAGAAACUCAGGAUGGCCUAUAGGAGAUAAGUAGUAGUAGAAGCC